CGCCCGCAUGCCCACAACGCGAAGCCUGCUCACGCGGCGCUGGUUCCGCUCGCGCCGCGCGCCGCGCCCCGAUGACCCGGACGACACCCCCAGGCCGCUGCCGCCGACCAUGGACCGCAGGCCGCGCGUGGCCCGCGUGCUCAGCUCGCCGGCUCGAGCGCAGACCACCCCGCUCGACGAAGAGUCCCUCGAGCGCGCCUACCCCUCCAUGGGGCAGCUCGAGUAUGUGCUCGCCGGCUCGUCGCCCCCCGCCGAGAGCGCGCCCAACAUGUACGACAGCUUCGAGGAACCCCCGCUCGACCUAACUGCGCAUAUCUGCUCCGAUUCGCUACGUCAGAGCGCUUACGAGCAAAUGCGAGCGGUCGGCGGCAGACUGAGACUUCUCGAUGAAUUGGAAUCCGGCGUCAUAACAAUAGAAACCGCAGUCAAUACGUUCGCGGCGGCGUCCGAGGCCGAGAGAAAUGUCUGCCUAUUUUGGGCAUCCUUUCUCAAGCUUGGUCAAUUUUUAUCGCCGCUCAUCGAGGCGGGUGCAGAUCCGUUAUAUUUCGACGCGCUCGGCCUAUCCCCAUUACAUGCGGCCGCGUUUAGUGGCUCGACGGAGUGCGCCAAUUAUUUGCUAUCAUGCGGAGCGGACCCCAAUUAUAUGCCAAGAUGCUUUGCACCUCUCCACUGUGCUGCAUUUGGGAAUUCUGUGGAAGUAGCUAACUUGCUGAUCAAUCGAGGAGCUUCUGUUCACGCGGCUGUCAAAUACGUUAACUGUGAAGGUGGUCUUCUGCAUUGCGCCGUGCGUGCUAAUUCUGUCGAAUGUCUCAAGCUAUUUAUUUCGCACGGUGUUGACGUCAACCAGAUAGAGCCCGGCGGCACUAAUGCUAUUCACCUUGCCGCUGAUUUGGGAAUGAUUCAAUGUCUCGCAAUUCUUCUCGAAACACCUGGAGCAGAUCCCAACGUCAGAACAAGAGUAGGCGACCGAGAAUCGACAGCAUUACAUCUGGCAGCCGAUGGUGGAUUCGUGGAAUGCGUGGAUUUACUCCUGACAAAAGGUGCUGACUCUACCUUAAAAAAUCAUAGAGGAUUCACUGCUCUACAUCUAGCAGCGAGGUCAGCAAGCUUAGAAUGUGUGGAAUCCUUGCUCAGAAAAGGAAACGCAGAACCUAAUUCUAUGGAUUUCGACAAAAGGACACCACUCCACGCCGCCAUUGGAAAAUCUGAUAGCGCUUGCGACAUCAUUGAGACCUUAAUAAGUUGGGGAGCGAAUGUCAAUCAAAAAGAUGAAUACGGCUUUACGCCAUUGCACUUGGCUGCACUCGACGGACUGUCUGCGUGCGUGGAGACAUUAAUUUAUCAUGGCGCCGAUGUAACGACGCGAUCUAAAAAAGGAAACUCGGCGCUUAAUGUAAUCGCUCGUAAGACUCCUGCGUCCCUAGCGAUGAUAACAAGGAAGCUGGACUGCGCUAUCACAUUACACCACUCGCAAUCGAGCAACCGAGAAGUCGAACUUGAACUUGACUUCCGCAGCAUUCUCCAACACUGCUACCCGCGGGAAAUAAGCUAUCUGAAUACAUUUGUCGACGAAGGACAGAAGGAAGUAUUGCUACAUCCUCUCUGUUCUGCGUUCUUGUAUAUUAAAUGGGAGAAAAUCCGCAAAUAUUAUGUUGCACGAUUAUUUCUAAGCUUCAUUUUUGUUCUCUGUCUCACUUUGUACGUAUUAACUGCACUCGCACAUAACUGUUAUAAUGGAAGUAAGGACAUGGAAGAAACGAUUCAAGAGCAAGAGCUGUGUCAAAAGCAAUCUAUACUUGGAGAUUUACUGAGGAAAAACCCAUUCGUAAUAGAAAUGCAAUGGUGGGUUCUUGCGGGCAUUACUAUUUUUGAAAUAUUCAGGAAAGUUUAUGGUAUAGCUGGUUACUCUACUGUGAAGCAGUAUUUGAUGCAAUCUGAAAAUAUCAUUGAAUGGUUUGUGAUAAUCAGCGUGUUCUUGAUAUCAUACAUUUACACGAAUAUCACAUACACAUGGCAGAAUCAUGUAGGAGCAUUUGCAGUUCUUGCAGGAUGGACUAAUUUGAUGAUGAUGAUUGGCCAGUUGCCAGUGUUUGGGACCUACGUUGCAAUGUACCAGAAAGUACAAAAGGAAUUCGCGAAGCUUUUGAUGGCUUAUUCGUGUAUACUGAUUGGAUUUACGAUUAGUUUCUGCGUGAUAUUUCCCGACUCAUCCUCUUUCGCCAAUCCAUUUAUGGGAUUCAUAACUGUGCUAACUAUGAUGAUAGGUGAACUGAACUUGGAUUUGCUCCUCAACGAGCCAGAUGGUAAUGAUCCGCCGGUUUUGCUUGAGUUUUCUGCCCAAAUAACUUACGUACUCUUUCUCAUGUUUGUUACUGUGGUCCUCAUGAAUCUGCUCGUCGGUAUAGCCGUUCACGAUAUUCAAGGAUUGAGAAAAACAGCUGGUCUUUCUAAACUCGUUCGACAAACAAAAUUGAUUUCUUACAUGGAACUGGCAUUGUUUAAUGGGUAUCUGCCGAAAUGCCUGCUGAAAAUACUGCAUUCAUCUGCUCUAGUUUCACCGCAGGCGUACAGAGUUGUCUUAAGUGUAAAACCGUUGAAUCCUAGUGAAAAACGCUUACCAAGAGAUAUAAUGAUGGCAGCAUAUGAUAUAGCUAAGAUGAGAAAGCAAUACGGUCACACGAUAUCUUCAAACGGUUCAACCACUGGGGCGUACUCCUGUUUCAAAAAGUACGAAAAUAACAAUGACUCAGGCUACCGGGAGUAUGGCUAUUCGUCAGGGAUAGGAAAUCUUCAAUCAAAAUUGGAUGAGACAUCGGAGAAUGUUCGUCAGUUGACACAGGAAGUGAAAGAGCUAAAAAAGCUGAUAAACGCCCAACAGCUCGUGAUACAACAAGCCCUGGCAGGAGCGAUGGAUAACCGUUGAUGAUAUAAUGGGCCAUUUAUUUUCAAUGCCAGCAGCACAAGUCAACAAACUGUAGCGAGCGCCUGUCGUAUAUUUUACUCGUUUAAAGGAGCAUUAUGGUUGCGAAUUUUAGACAGUAAAGUGAUAUUUUCGGUAGUUUAGAAUGUCGGGAGUUAAAUUGUACUUUAGAUGAAGGGCGAUGAGCUGUGAUCGUAUAAGAUAGCUGAUAGUGUGAUUUUGUGAUAUACCUAAGUAAUUUAUCAUGAUAUUAAAUUAAUAUAUUUUUCAAUAACA